AUGGAAACUGGUAAUAUCAACCUUUUGGUUCCUAGAUCCAAUAUGCUAAAACAUGAAUGUGACGACAAAGUCAAAACCGGUGAAUCUUCAGUGAUAGAAGAUUCAGAAAAAACAAGCUCUCCACUUCAAACCAAAAGCUCAAAUGAAAGAACAGAUGUGAAAGAUCACAUUGACAAGGAAAACGAAAAAUUUGAUGAACAUGAGAUUGAUGAAACUGAUGAUGUAGAUAAAAUUGAUAAUAAAAAUAAUGAAAAUGAGACUGAUGAAAAUACUUAUAAGAAUGAUGAGAUUGAUGAAGCUAAAGAAAGUGAGGAAAAAAAAUCUACUACUAAAAGAGCAGUUGAUGAUGAUGAUGAUCUUGAGAAAACAGGGAAUGAUAUUGGAAAAACUGGAAACAAUAUUGAAAAAACUGAUGAUAGAGAUACUUUCAAUAAUGAAAUUUUGAAUGACAAGGAUGAAGAUCAUAUUGAGGGAAUGAAUGUGGAGGAAGUAGAUCCUUUGGGGAAUACUAGUGAAACUGUAACUGUUGAACAAGAAGAAACUAAAGAUCUCACCACAGAUACGUCAGAUCCUUUAAGUACUAAAAGUGAAGAAAAAGAAGUUAAGGAAGUGGAAAAUUCUGUUCUGCCAAGUGGUAAAGAUUAUGAAAACAACAAACAAGAUGGUGACAAAGUAAUUCCUAUGACUUCAGAAAAACCUGAAGAAAAUAAGAGUGAAACCAAAGGCGAUAAAAGAAGUCAAGAUAUGGAAGUCAAAGGGAAAACUUCUCAGGAUAGUCCUACUGAAGAAAAAAAUGGAGAUGAAGCUAAAUGUGGUGAUUCCAUCAGGGUCUCUACUGAGUCUGAAACAACAGAAAAUACUGAAGGAGGAAAAGACCCAGAUUGCCCCUUAUUGAAAGAAUCUCUCACAAAAUCUAGUGAUUGUGAUAAAUCUGAAGCUUACGAAGAUGUUGAAAUGGAUGAAGACUUUGAUCCAUCCCUACUUUGUCCAGAAUUGUCCAUGGAAGUAGAUGAGGCUCCUGUUAUAACUGAAAAUGAUUCUACUACAGGCGAAAAUGAUCCUAGCAAGAGUCCUUUGCGUCUUUAUGAACCCAUAUUUUCAACAGUUGUUGAUGAAAUUACAGGAACUGAAAUUGAUUUUCAGUUGACAGAGGAGGAACACAAACUCAGAGAGCAGACAUAUGGAGCAAAAAACCCCGUCCAGUAUACAAAAAUCCACUGCACGGCUUGCAACGUCCACUUGGGCAGCGCCUUAGAUGGACAAGGUAACAGAUUCGUGCAUCCCCUCUUGAAGGUUCUCAUCUGCAAGAAGUGCUAUCAUUUCUACACAAGCGGCGAGUUCGAAAAAGACGAGGAUGGUAGCGAGCUGUACUGCCGCUGGUGCGGCCAAGGAGGCCAGGUUAUGUGUUGUUCAAAUUGCGAGAUGGUUUUUUGCAAGAAAUGCAUCAGAAUCAAUUUCGACAGAAAAAAAAUCGCAGCAAUCAGAGAUAGCGAUGAUUGGUUGUGCUUCCGAUGCAAUCCUUCCCAACUUAUUCACCUCAGAAUCCAUUGCUCCGAAUUCAUGGAAUACGUUCAGAGAGAAAUGGCUAACGUUUCGUCAAUGGAGAACCCCGCCGCCUACCUGACCACCGAUUACUGCCAGUGUUGCAUCCCGCAUAAGAAAAAAGCAGCCGAGCCUGCGGCUGGCGAACCCAAAAGGAAGAGGAAGAAGCCGUCGGAACCCGAAGAUCCAGACUACGAUCCUUUCAAAGACCGGGACACUCCUUCACCUGCUGUCGCGACGGCUUCACCCGCUACGGUGGCCCCUGUACCAGAGAAGGCGGCUCCGCCGCCUUUGGCCAAAGCGCCCGAAACUCCCAAAGCGCCGCAGACGGGCGGACCUCAGAAAAUUGGUCACGUACCCGCCAACGCUGCCUUCAGGACGGUGGGGCCCGGCCACACACCAAGACCAAGGGUUCAGGUGGUGCAACAGGGACCAGUUCGGCCCACUUCCAGCCCUGGUUAUGUGAAGAUCAUGCCAAGCGGCGUCCGCGUUCCUGGCAAUGCUUCCAUCAGACCUCCGGCGCUCCGACCUCUCCGCCCGAACGUGCCUCAGAUGAAGCACGAGUGGUUCGAGAAGACGGUCCGCGCCGCCGCCAGGGUCAACUCCAACCUCUCGUACACGCUGACACAGCUGAACAGGGCACAGGCAAGUGCCACGAGUGUCGAAGGACUGGCCGUUGUCCACAACAAGUUGCAGGAAAUCCUCAGCACGUCGAUCAACUCGCUCAUUCAGAUCAGAAAGAAUCUGAGGACAGAGUUCAUAGCCGGAAUCAAAAACAUCCGCUUUCCUCCGAAACCUCAAUCGCCGCAGCAACCUGCUGCGGCAACAACAGCAGCACAAGACGACGAUGUCAUAUUCGUCAGCCCGGCGACAUCCCCCGUACCUCCGCCUCUGACUUCAUCGUCGUCUCUGCCGGCCGUCGCGGCGAAUCUACCGCCCUCAGUGACGCUCACCAAAAAGUAUCCCGCUUCUCCAAACACUUCGAAGCCGGGACCCAGCGGCGUGACUAGAGCUGGGCCCAGUGCGGCACCUAAACCUGGACCUAGUGGAGUGAAUAGAGCGGGGCCAAGCGGGGUGAACAAAGCAGCACCUGCUAGCCAACAAUCGAAACCCGGAUCGAGCGGAGUUUCUAGAAAUACUCCAGCUAAAAGUGAUCAGGGUAACGGACCGAAGACUUUCCUUAGAGUUAAGUCAUUUUCGGCCUUGCAGAAUGUUCCAUCCGAAUGCAUAACAAUACCGGACGACCCGGUUCCGGAAGAGAAGACCGGCCAUAUAUCGGAAGACGACGACGUGAUCGCCAUAGAAAAGAAAGUGGAAAUUGUCACGAUACUCGACGAUAGCCCCAUGAAAAGCCCUGAAAGGGAAGAAGACCAACGCUUAGAAAAAGCGGACAGCAUCAAGAGUAAUCUAUGCACGGAGAAGCAGCCAAACGGCUUGACAAAUGGGAGCGAAGACGGGGAAGAGGAAAACAAAAAGGAAACAACAGUGUCCAUAGAGGAUCUAGAUCCAGUAGAGAAGUUGAAAAUACUCAACACGAAGAUACUCCUGCAAAGGUCCUCCGAAAUAGACGAGCUUGUCAAGAGCAAGUUUGGUUUGUUGAAUGGAGAAGUGUCAAACUAACAGUAGAGAUGCGGUUUGGCAGGACUUCUGUGAAAUCUUAGUUGAAAUAGAUUUUGAAAAAAUCUAUAACAUUGAUUUCUGGACUACAAAAUAUGUUCUGGUUACUACUUUAGACUGAUGAGAGUGAAUGUUUCGAGAAAUAAUGGAUUUGAAGGUUUGCUGAAGAGCAGGAAUGGCUGUAAAUAAAGCUCUCCAUUGCCAUCGAUUAUUUCGCUUGGGAAUAGUGCGUUUUUUAUUGGGCGAUGAAUUACUGAUUUCAGUUUUUGAUAUUUCUCUUUUUUUUUGUUUUUGCUAUUAGUAUUAUAUUAGGUGCACACUCUUUAAUAAUCAUGUAUUUUGUUUAUGAGGUUUCAUUAGAGAUAUACCUUGAAAGUUAUGGAAAAUUUUAUUUGUAUUGUAAAUAUUUUUGUUAUGUAAUGAAUUUUUGUAAAUAUCACA